AUACGUACAACUACUGGUAUCAACUACCCAACAACAAACUGAAAAUUACAAGUAUGGUUAUCGUUCCCCAUCUGCCAUAGCCAUAACUUCCUGCUCUUCAUUUCUUCCUGCUUCUCCAUCACAGAUUUUGAGAGAGAGAGAAGAAGAAGAAGGAAGGAUCUGUAAUCUGUUUGUUUGGAAGGAGGAGCUGAGGAAGAAGGGAGCAGGAAUCGACAAUGACGUCCUAUUUGCGAAAGACGUUCUCGAGUACAUUUGGUUCCUCAGCGGAGAAAGGGAAGAAGGAGAACAAGGCUUCGCCUCAGCCUGAAUCCGCCGAUGAGAUUCCUUACAGCGACCACGACUCGGAAGCUUCGGACGUGGAGAGCAGUCGCGGAAAUUGCGCCGAGAAGGAAGAGGUAGAGCGCAGUAAGAUCGGAAUCAUGAGAGCUGUUGUUCAACGGGAAGAUCCUUCCGCUAAGGAUGCGGAUGACUUGAUGAUUCGGAGAUUUUUACGAGCUAGGGAUCUGGAUGUUGAAAAGGCUUCUGCAAUGUUUCUCAAGUACUUGAGCUGGAGGAGAGAAUUUGUGCCCAAAGGCUUCAUAUCUCCAUCUGAAAUUCCAAAUGACAUUGCCCAUAACAAGAUGUUUAUGCAGGGGAAUGACAAGCUAGGGCGUCCUAUAGUUGUUGUGUAUGGCGGCCGCCAUAAGCAAACAACUUUAGAUGAGUUUAAGCGCUUUGUCACGUUUUCACUUGAAACAAUAUCUUCUAGAAUGCCAGACGGGCAGGAGAAGUUUGUAAGCAUAGCAGACCUGGAAGGAUGGGGGUAUGCUAACAGUGACAUACGGGGAUACUUAGCAGCUCUAUCAAUUUUGCAGGAUUGCUAUCCUGAGAGGCUAGGCAAGUUGUUCAUAGUUCAUGUGCCUUACAUAUUCAUGACUGCAUGGAAGGUCAUUUACCCAUUUAUUGAUAGCAGAACAAAGAAAAAGAUCAUUUUUGUCGAAAACAAGAAAAUGAAAUCCACCCUUCUUCAAGACAUUGACGAGAGCCAACUUCCAGAAGUAUAUGGCGGCGAACUACCAUUAGUUCCUAUUCAUGACUGCUAAAUGAUGACCCUUCUAUUGGAACAAAUUUCAUCAAUGGCUUCUUCUCCACAAGCCUUACCUUCUAUGGCUACGACGCUAUCGCGGAUGACUGAACUCAUCAUACCUUGAAUGGCCCUUUUGAUACCUAUUAAUAUUGAUAUCUACUUUAGAAGAGCUUUUAGAAGCCUAGUGUUCAAGGGCAUGGCAUAGUUCAUCAACCAAAUAUGUGAUGAUCAGCCUGCUAGUAUAAUGUAUACCAUUACUUUUAUGCCAAAUUAGAUGAUAUUGGGAUCUUUGAACUCUGUCACUAGUCACGACUCACGACUCCCGAAUAUGUUGCUACUGUGGUUAGACUACUUUUCUUGUUUAUGAACUACUUAAACAGAUUACUCUCCC